AUACUCACACACAACCAAUAAUUUAUUUUCUCGAUUUCCUUAUCACUCAUCCCGUCAUUAAUGGAGUCAGAGGAACAAUACACCAUUGAAUGAAUCACGAGACUUUUUUGUUUCCUUUUUUCUAAUUAUUAUCUUGCCGCUUCUCUUUAUACAUAUUCUUCUUUGAGGUUCAUUUUUUCUACUCUUGAAUUUCGUACAGACCGACAUACAACACCACACAAAAUCCUCACCCAUACGCCUGGCGCGGUCAAUUCGAGAGAAACUUGAUUUCCUAUUGAAUUUUAUACAUGAUUUUCUAAUACACUUUCUUUAACGUACAAAAUAAUUAUCGAAAACGUCUACCCUCAUUUGAUACAUACGACGAUACACACAGAUGCCUAUCUUUCAGGAGAAGGAGGGUUUCCCUCAGGUGCCCUCCUCGCUACGCCACGAUGCAUACGAUACGAAAGAUGUCCGCAAGAUGAAUGUUCGCGAGUUGCUAUCUCAAAGCUCGGCCAAGGGUGCUACUCCAUACCUUGGACUCGGUUCACGACUCUCGCAAAUAUGGUUCAACCGAUGGACUGUUCUACUCCUUCUGGUCUUAGUCCACUUCCUCCUCACUAUCACUCAAUUGAACUCCAACCUUGAUGAUGCUAAGGCGAAGGCUCUAUCGGCAUGUACGAAAGUCGAGGACAUUGGUAGUGCCAUGGCCUCGAUGCCUCAUUACUUGUCUGUUGGAGUCAACCGUCUCACCGCAAGCGGCAUUACCGAGGCUGUUCAAGGCUUGAUGACAAUCCUCGAUAUGAUCCUCACUGGCGUCGAGCAGCUUAUCCUUUUCGUAAUUGGUAUGAUGACUGACACGUACGCUUGCUUGAUCAGCAUGGUGGUUCAUGGAGGACUAAACGCCUCGGCACUGGCUAUUACCAAGACCACCGACGCCAUGAACAAUGCUAUUGAUGGGAUUGCCCAGGCAAUCAACAGCACUGCCGAUGAUCUCCAAAAGCCUAUCGAUACUAUGUACUCCAUCGUUAACGGCGCUCUUAACGCAGGCGACCAAGCUACAAGUGUUGUUGGAGGAGCUGUCGCGACCGCUACAGCCGCGGCCGGAGGGGCCGUCGAGAGCGCUAUCAGUGGAAUCGGAAGUCUCUUCAGCAAACGAGUUGAUCUACCACCUAAGCCACAAGUCGCUGGCGAUAUCACAGCGGUGGCUGCUAAGCUCUCAAACGUCAAUAUCAACACUACCGGCUUCGUUUCAGACUUGAACACACUCAACAAGGAACUCCCAGACUUCGACGACGUCAAGAACCUCACUGCUACCGCUGUCUCGUUUCCAUUCAAGCUUAUUAAAGAGCAAUUGAACAAAGCUUAUGGAAAUUGGGCUUUCAACGAUAGCGUAUUCCCUGUCGCUCAGAAGGAGGGCCUAUCGUUCUGCUCUGACAAUUCGGUUAUCAAUGACUUUUUCACGACGUUGUACGAGAUUGCCCACACCGCCAAGAUUGUGGCAAUCGUGAUUCUUAUCCUCGCCGCAAUUGCAGUCUGCGUUCCGAUGGCCUACAUGGAGAUACGCCGAUGGCGCCGCGCCCAGGUCUGCUCUACGAACGCACAUGAUGACAUGGAUCUUGUCUACAUGACAUCGCGCCCUACAACAGCUCGAUUCGGAUAUUGGAUUGCCUCGAAAUUUCGCCCAAAGCGAAUGAUUCUUGUGCGCUGGUGUAUCGCAUAUGCCACCUCUCUUCCGGCUCUUUUCGUCCUUUCCCUUGCACUCGCCGGUUUCCUAUCUUGUUUCUUGCAGUGGAUCCUCCUGCAAGUGAUUGCGAAGGAGGUUCCAGCACUCGCAAGCCAAGUUGGAAACUUUGCCGAUGAAGUCGUCGGUACCUUGGGCAACAUUUCGCAAAAAUGGGCAAACGAUGCGAACGGUGUCAUCAACUCGUUUAGCACUGAGAUCAACGACGACAUUCUUGGAAAGGUCGUCAAUGGUACUACUGCAGUCAACAACACGCUUAACACAUUCAUGAACGAGAUUAACAAGGGUAUUACCACCGUCUUCGGCGACACGAUUUUCAAGGACCUUGCCCAGAACACUGUCCGCUGCCUUAUUGGAUUGAAGGUCGAAUCCGUCGAGAAGGGCCUGACUUGGGUUCACGACCACGCCCAUGUUAACUUCCCUACGUUCCCCAACGACGUCUUCUCCGUCGGCGCCGCUAAAUCCAUCGAUGGCGACUCAGAUAUGACUACUUUCCUCGCCUCACCUAGCAGCGUUACGACCGACGAGGUCACCGGCGCCGUCACGCACGUUACCGACUGGCUACACAACCAGAUCGUCCAGAACGCGCUGAUCUCAUUAGGUCUGCUCCUCGUGUACAUUAUCGUCGUACUAAUCGGCAUGAUCCGCACCCUGAUCGGCCAUAGCGACGUCGCCGGGGACGCACGUAAGAUGCGUAUUGAGAACUUCGACAUGGCUACUCGUGCCCCUGCUCAAACAGCGGCUGCGACCGGAUCCACACAACGAGACGUGAACCUACCUGAGUUCGGAGGCCCCGGAGAUGCGAGUGCGCACCCGGACCGAUACCACGGUUCUCCAUUCGGAAGGGACGACACGUUUAGCCGUGGUGCCGUACACACCGAACCUGUCACACUGACUGAGGAGGCGCCCCCAUAUACCCGCAACAGCAGCUACGUUCAGUACGGCGAUGCCAAACGAUAGGAGCGUGAGGCUGAGCCGGACAAGCAAGAUAACUCGGGCAUGCCUAGUUACGUAAGCCCUUGGAAUGCUAAACGCGUCGGCACCGACAACCCUUUCAGAGACCCGAAGUAAUCGGGACACGAAGACAGAUAGACAUAUUGCCUUGUCUAUUACCUGGUCGACUUUAUUUCUAUUUGUUAUUUGCAUCGACCAUCAUUAGCGAUUUGAUUUUUUCUCUUUUUAUUACGGCAUACAUGCAUACAUACGGACCAAUACCCAUACAUAUACCAUACAAUCCUUUCCAUUCUCUUAAUCAGGUACGAUACAUCGAAAUCUCACUCCUUCGAUGGUCAACCCCAUUCCUUAGGAUAGAUACUCGGGUACGGCAUGGAUAUCAAUAGAUCCCUAGAAGAAAGGGUACGUAUGCGUCACCAAGCGGCGUUAGCAUGGAGUUAGCACGGUAUAGCAUUGCAAUUGCAUUUUUUCGGGUAUUCAUCGUUACUAUUAUGCAUAAGAAAAGGGGGAAAUAAGAGACAAGAGAGAUCAGGUAUCUCGGCUUACGCCAAAUCCGCAUUAAUUUUCUUUGGUCUUCUGGAAGUUUUUCGUCCCUUGGAGUUUUCUUCGGGGAAGGGAAGGUUAUCUGGGUAGGGAAAGGAAACGGGGUGUAUGAUACGAGAUACCAAUUAGCAUGAGGUAUUGAAUCAUCGAUAGUGAUAAACAUCAAUACAUGUCAUAGUUAUUAUGA